AUGAGCGCGGUACCAUUAACGAGGCCAUCUCUGGUCUCCCAGCUGUCGGUUGGCGUCUCCCGAAUGAGCAUACGGCAAGGCCACUACAAGGCACGCUAUCGACAACCUAAGCCUGAGCUCACUGGUUACCCGGAGGGCUGGGGCGAGAAGAUUUGGAUCUUCCAUGAGGUCAGGUCACAUCAGGUUGUGUACUCGCACACGAAAGUACUAGAUGUAUACAAAGCGAUGAAGCAGCUCCCCUUCGCCGGGAAAAAGACCAAACCCGCCAAAAUCCGAAAAGACCUCUGGCGCCACCUUGCCCUCGUACAAUUCCCCGAAGGCAAGGGUGAAGUAGGCCGAUCCGUCUUCGCCAAGCUACGCGAGUUCCGGAAACGUCACGAGCUCGAAUGGGACGACGAUAUGUUCUUCGAGAAGCGCGAGGACGGCGGGAAGAGGGUGCUCACGCGCCAGGAGAGGGGAAUGAAGAUUCGCGAGCAGGUGCCUAACGCGGUGGCUGAUCUUGCCGCCGUGCUGGCUGGUGUCGGGAAGUCGAACAAGAUGUGGAUAGAGGGCCAGCCAGAGGGAGUGCAAGACGCAGCCGAGAGCGCGGAGGCGCAGGACAAGCUGCACCAGGCUACGGUUUACUGGUCGAACGAUAGAUUCAAGGCCCACGCGGAGAGUUGGACACCAAACGUGACGCAUGAUCUUUUGGAAUCUGUGGCGGAGACUCCGGCUCAAGUUCCAGCCGAGGGUGCUACGGCCGAAGGGCAAUCUGCUUGA